AUGACGAUCGUGGAGAUGUGCGUGCAUAUGUGCUGCGCCGGGUGCGAGAAAAAGAUAAGGAAGGCAGUCGAGAGGUUAGAAGGAGUGGACGCGGUGGAGAUCGACAUGGAGAUGCAGAAGGUGACGGUGAACGGGGACGUGGACCAGAAGAAGGUGCUCAAGACGGUGAGGAGGACGGGAAAGCGCGCGGUGCUCUGGCCGACCCCCUUCAUCGCCGGCGCGGGCGCCGGCGGCGCCGUCAACCUCCUCGCGCAGCAGCACCAGUACCACCCGGGCGGGGCCCAGAUGUACGCGACCCACGCCUCGGGGCCCACGUCCUCGUACAACUACUACAAGCACGGAUACGACGACUCGCGCCUCUACGGCGCCAACUCCGCCGUCGUCGGCGGCACCAGGGCCACCGAUUACUUCAGCGACGAGAACACCGGAGGCUGCUCCAUAAUGUGA